AUGAAUAUCACCAACAUUACCUUACCUUCAGAAUCCCAGCUUCGUCCUUAUGCCUACCUCUAUGAGGAGUUGUGCAUCUACUUCUUGCGAUGGUACUUACCAACCACAAUCAUCGUUGGUACCAUGGGAACUUUAUUUAGUCUCUUUUUCCUAUUUUGCUCAAGGCUCUUUCAAUCAAAUAUGCUGCUCUGGCUCUCCAGCAUCUGCAUUGGUGACUUCUUCAUUCUCAUGCUUGAGGGAAUGUGGAUUUUGUUGAAGGUAUGGUUUAAAUAUGACAUUCGUGAUCACAACGAUUUAAUUUGUAAAAUUCACAAGGCUGCUUCAAACUAUGCUCUCUACUGGUCAGCUUAUAUGCAAUCUGCACUGUCAGUGCAGCGCGCCUACCUGGUUUUCAAGCCACUUCACGCUCGUGGUCGUGGAGGCAUCUCCAAGAGACAUCUCUGUGCGUGGACUAUGAUUUCGAUCAUCCUUGUGGCUCCUGUGGCGCCCUACAUUAUUUACUGGCGAAUAAUCGACGGCGACUGUGAUCCUACGGAUAGGGAUAUAUUCUAUCUAACAACACUCUGUGACCUAAUCAUAUGGGGGAUAAUUCCGUUGCUUGGAAUGACAGUGGCCACGGUAGUCAUUUGUCUCAAUAUGGCCAAAUUGGGAAAUAAAUUUAAAAGAGCUAAGGUGGCAAGUUCAAAAGGAUCACGGAAGUUCUCUGUAUGUAUUACACCCGAGGUUCCACCAUUUCAUCGUAGACGUGGACUAUCCACUCCAUCAAUAACCACUGUCCUACUCAGGUCCACUACUGACACCCAAACUCUGUCAUCACGGCUCAUGGACCACCUAAAGCAGUCUGAGGUGGGCCAAUCGCCCAUGGAAUAUUCAUCUUCUCAACUAGAACGACAACUUACCGACCAUAGCAGUAGUCGGCACAAUGCACCGGACAACUUCGGUCAUGUAACACGUCUCCUCAUCUGUAUGAAUAUUGCCUACAUGGCAAGCACAUUCCCUCUCCUCAUUUUCCUCAUGUUUCGUAACUUCAGUGGAGUAGACGUUGAUCCCGAUUUUCAUCGGUUCUGCUAUUACCUAUUUCGUAGUCUUUGUUUCCUUAACUCCUGUACAAAUUGGAUUUUCUACUGUCUCGUGGGCAAAUUGUUCCGUGAAGAGGCUAAACACAUCCUCCGUAUGUGCUGCGGUCUCCAACCCAAAGUGCCAUCGCGAGGUGCUAGCACUCACUCAGGGAAGGCAUUGGCACUUCCACUGCCCAGUAUGCGCACGCCUGAGGUGAGUCAUCACACCUCACCGGUAAAACGGAUUCGAUCGAUAAGUGCGAUUGAUAUUCGGCGUGCUGUAGCGCGGAUACCUGCGCGAUGA